AUGGAUAUUUUAAACCCAGCUGAUAAAGAAAUAAAAAAUAUAGAGGUUAAAAUAGAAAAUUUAGAUCGUUCACUAGAAAAAAUAUUUGAUGAGACAAUAUUAAAUCUAUAUAAAACAAAGGAAUUUAUUAAAGAGAAUGGAUCAAUAUCACUAUCAAAAUUUUUGGUAUGUGAAUAUUUAAAUCUUUUAAAAGAUUCGUUAUCGAAAAGUUCUACUGAGCACAAGGAUAUACAUAGUUUAAUUUCAAAAUUUGGAAAAAUAAUUGAAAAAAAUUUUGUUUCAAAUUAUUAUGAUGCCUGCUUAGAUCCAAAUUUUGAAAAUCCUACAAAUAUCAAAAUUCUUAAUGAAAUGAUCUGUGAACAUUUUUUUAGACAUGGAAUAUGCUUAAUAGCUGAUAAUUUAAUUCGAGAAUCAAAUAUUGUACUCAGUAAAGAACAAAAAGAACCAUUUAUUGAGUUAAAUAAUAUACUGCAGUCAUUAAAGCAAAAAGAUUUACAACCAGCCAUAAAAUGGACCAGUGAUCAUCAUGAGGAGUUAUUGGCAAAAAAUAGUGAUCUAGAAUUUAAAAUUCACAGACUAUCUUUCCUAGAGAUAUUGUCUCUUUCAUCAACCUCUAAUGGUCUAAAUUGCAAUAAUAGUUCAGAAACCCCAACUCUUAAUCAAACUAAAAUGGCCCUUAUCUAUGCAGCUAAAAAAUUGACCCCAUUUGCUAAUUGCCAAAUGAAAGAAUUUCAAAAGCUUAUGGGUUACCUUUUGUUUGCAAAUAACCAAAAUAAUGAUUGUAAUGAUAAAGCCACUUCUGGAAAUGAAAAUAAAACAACAGCUAUAUCAAAAUAUGAUGAUUAUGCUUGGGAAGAAAUAGAGGAAUUGUUUGUGAGAGAAGCUUGUGCACUAUUAGGUUUCUCCACUGAAAGUCCAUUGAGUGUCAGUUUUUCAUGUGGAGUAAAAGCUUACCCAGCUCUUUUAAACAUCAAGCAAAUGAUGCAACAAAGACAUGUGACUGGUGUUUGGAACUCUCAUGUUAAGGAUGAAUUACCGGUGGAAGUAGAUUUAGGCACCGAAUGCAGAUUUCACUCAAUCUUUGCUUGCCCUAUCUUACGUCAACAGAGCAAUUCUUCCAAUCCUCCUAUGAGGCUAAAGUGUGGCCACGUUAUAUCGCGGGAGGCUCUUAAUAAAUUGGCCAAUGUGUCCAAAGUCAAAUGUCCUUAUUGUCCGGAAGAAUUGGCAUUAACCGACGCUAAACAAAUAUUUUUUUAACCAAAAUAUUUCUCAAAAAUGUUAUCUCUUAUCUAAAUCGUCGCACAAUUAUUAUUAUAGCCUAUAACUCACUGUUGGUCGAAACUUUUGGAGUACCAUCCACCGUUUACAAUGAAAGGAGGAAACCAUCAAAAUUCAAUUAUAUUUGUUAAAUAAAUGGCAUAUUGUUUAAUAGCUUUUUUGUAAAAUUAAUCAAGUAGAGCUAGAACCCUAUAAUAUGAUCAUGCUAUAAAAUCUAAAUCAUCAUUUAGUAAUAAAAAACAUAAUAUAUUCAUAUAAAUUAUAUUUUCUUUUAUAUUGUAAAAAAAUAAUUUAUAUCAUAAUUCCUUACAAUUAUGCAUAAUUUGUC